CCUGCCAGGCCGGCUGAACGUGAAGAACGAGGAGCUGGACGCGAUGAUCAAAGAGGCCUCGGGGCCCAUCAACUUCACCGUGUUCCUCACCAUGUUCGGGGAGAAGCUCAAGGGGGCGGACCCCGAGGACGUCAUCAUGGGCGCGUUCAAGGUGCUGGACCCGGACGGGAAAGGAUCCAUCAAGAAGAGUUUCCUGGAGGAGCUGCUGACGACGCAGUGCGACCGCUUCACCCCCGAGGAGAUCAAGAACAUGUGGGCCGCCUUCCCGCCGGACGUGGCCGGCAACGUGGACUACAAGAACAUUUGUUACGUCAUCACCCACGGCGAGGACAAGGAGGGCGAGUAGCCCCAAAAUCCCGGGAAUUCGCCCCGGAAAUCCGGGAAUUCUGCCCCGAAAAUCCGGGAAUUCACUGCAAAAAAUCCGGCAAUAAACGCCCAAAAAAUUGGGAUUUUACUGCGAAGAAA